AUGGCCGAGCCGUUCCCGCUGCUCAGCAGCCCUGCCGAGCAGCUGCACAGCCUCGAAGCCCAAGGCGCGCGACGACGCCGCAAGUCCAGCGGCCUGGGCGGCGACAUUCGCGCCGGCGACACGGGCGCUCCCGCCCUCGCCUCGAGCAAAAUGUCCCUCGACCAGCAUCGCCACGAGCCCCCCCGGCCCGGCUGCUCCGGCAGCUCAACCUCCACCUCGACAUCCACCUCGACAUCCACCUCCGGCAGCUCAACCUCCCCCCCCUCCUCCUCCUCCUCCACCUCCAGGAAGCUGUCCAAGCGGCGCCGCGCCAGGGGCCUGCUCUCCCGCCUGCGCCAGACCUGCCUCAAGCACACCUGGCUGCUGCCCCUGGCCCUGCUCGCCGUCGUCCUGUCCGGCUACGCCCUCCACCCGUCCGAGGCCAACCCCCUCCACAGCCUCAUCUUCCUGUCGUAUCCCCUGCCCGCCGCCGGCGGGGCCCCCCCCCUCCAGUACGGCAAGGGCCCCCGCGACCUCGCCCUCGUCGCCUUCUACACCGUCGUCCUCUCCUUCACCCGCGAGUUCGCCAUGCAGGAGCUGCUGCGCCCCUUGGCCCGCCGCCUCGGCCUCAAGCGCAGCAAGCACGCCCGCUUCAUGGAGCAGGCCUACACGGCCCUCUACUUCGGCUUCCUCGGCCCCGCCGGCAUGUACGUCAUGUCCCGCACCCCCGUGUGGUACUUCAACACGCGCGGCAUGUACGCCGGCUUCCCCCACCGCUCCCACGAGGCCCUGGUCAAGUUCUACUACCUCUUCCAGGCCGCCUACUGGGCCCAGCAGGCCAUCGUCCUCGUCCUCGGCCUGGAAAAGGCCCGCAAGGACUUCAAGGAGCUCGUCGGCCACCACGUCGUCAGCCUGGCCCUCAUCGGCCUCAGCUACCGCUUCCACUUCACCUACAUCGGCCUGGCCGUCUACACCACCCACGACAUCAGCGACUUCUUCCUCGCCACCUCCAAGAUCCUCAACUACCUCGACCACCCGCUCGUCGGGCCCUACUUCUUCCUCUUCAUGUGCGUCUGGAUCUACAUGCGCCACGUCGUCAACCUCGAGAUCAUCUGGUCCCUCUUCACCCACUUCCGCACCGUCGGGCCCUUUGAGCUGGACUGGGCCGCCGAGCAGUACAAGUUCUGGCUGUCGCAGUACAUUGCCAUUGCCCUGCUGGCUUCGCUGCAGGCCCUCAACCUGUUUUGGCUGUUUUACAUUGUCCGCAUCGCCUACCGCUUCAUCCGCGACAGCACGGCCGGCGACGACCGCUCCGACGACGAAGACGACGACGAGCCCGACGAGACCGACGAGCGCGAGCGCGAGCGCGAGCCCAAGGCCAAGGCCAAGGCCAAGGCCAAAGCCAAAGCCGAGCCCAAGGCCGUCCAGCCCGUGCCUGCCUUGGAGGUCAACGGCAAGGCUGUCGAUGCGUCGUUUUAA